AUGCUGGCUGCACCAGCCAGAACCGAAGGCGCCGCUGGCGCCGUCUUCGCCUGCGCCAAGCGCAGCCAGUGGCAGCAGACCCUCUGCGCCUUGGAAAACGUUUGGCCUCGCGAGAUACGAGUCUACAGCGCGGCCGUCAAUGCUUUGGCGCGCAGCGUGCAGUGGCGAGCUGCCCUGCAGGUGUUUCAGGACCUGACCGAAGAGGCGCAGCCCGAUGUGGUGCUCUUCAGCAGCCUCUGCAAGGCCUGCGCUUUGGCAUCGCGCUGGGCGCAGGCGUCACAGCUCUUCCUGGAGGCCACCAGGAGCCUUCAGCCAGAUGUCAUUCUGUUUAGCACUUGCCUGAGCGCUUGCAGUACUGCAGAACAGUGGGAACACGCUCUGGAUUUCUUUGGACAACUUCAGGACGCGCAGUUGCAGCCGGAUGUUGUUGUGUACAACUCCUGCAUCAGUGCUUGUGGCAAAGGACAAGAGUGGGAAAACGCCAUGAUUUUACUCGAAGAGUUGCAGUCUGAAAAUUUGCAGCCAACGCAGGUGACCUUCAACGCAGCGUUGAGUGCCUGUCAAAAAGCGGGACUCUGGCAGCUCGCCAUUCACCUCAAAACUCAGAUGAAGGAGUCGGGGCUGAGCCCUGACAUGCUGAGCAAAAACUGCUUACUGGCUGCGUGCGCCUGUGCUGCCCGGUGGAUUGAGGCCUUAGAGAUCUUUGCCCAUGGCGAGCCUUUCGGAAAGGCAGAUGUGGUCAGCUCCACCGGCGUUAUCAUCGCCUGCGGUGCUGCCUCUGAGUGGCAGAGAGCGCUGCAGAUGUUCCAACAGCUGGACCUCUCUGACCUCUCCGCGCGCAACGCCGCCAUCAGCGCGCUCAGUCCGGCCGGACAGUGGCAACAUGCGCUGCUGUUGCUACAGAAGGGCUUGGCCCUCCGGCAAGCAGAUAGCAUCAGCUUCAACGCAACAAUCGAUAGCUGUGAAGAACCAGGCCAAUGGCAAGUGGCCCUUCAGCUGCUUUCGGCUGCCCAGAGUGCUCGGCUGGCUGAUGUGGUGUCGUUCAACAGUGCCAUCAGUUGCUGCCAGACAGGCCUCCACUGGCGCCUAGCGCUGGCUCUGCUGUCCUCCCUCAAUUCCUCCGAUCUCCGGACCACAGUGGUCUCCUACAGCAGCGCCAUCAGCGCGGUAGGCAACAAGUGGCACAGGGCGCUGCAGCUGGUGCAGCAGUUACGAAUCGCUGGUCUGCAAUGCAAUGUGAUCUCCCAGAACGCCGCCCUCUCAGCCUGUGAGAAAGGUGGUGAAUGGUGCCUGGCCACUCACCUGCUCUGCGGCUUUGCGCAAAGGCGGCUUCGCCGCAGCGUGGUGAGUUUCAACGCCUGUGGCAGCGCCUGUGAGAAGGGCGCUGUCUGGAGACAGGCCUUGGAUCUUCAUCGUGGCAUGCAGGUGAACCGCAUGCAGGCAGAUGACAUCAGCUUCAUUGCAACUUUGGGCGCAGCUGAAAAGUGCUGCCACUGGCUGCAGACCUUGCGGCUGCUGGCGAUGCUGAAGGCGCCGGACAUCGGCACCUGCAACUGUGCCAUCAGUGCUUGCAAGAGGAGCCAGCGUUGGCAGCAUGCCAUGGAAGUAUAUCGCUCUGUCAUCGCCAGGCGUCUUCGCUGCGACGUCAUCACCUGGAGCUCCCUGAGCGCCGUUUUGGAUGCGGCGUGUCGUACCAUGGAGCUGAGACGAAACCUGGAAGAGCUUCGAAGAUUUUUGCGCGGCAACGUCAAAACGUCGUGGCCGACCGAAGCCUGGAAUCAUGGGAAGGCCCAAAUGGAUAAUAGUGGUUGGGAAUUAAUAAACCAUGAUUGUAAGCAAGUUUUCAGGUUAGUGAAAUAUGAUAAUCUACCCAGAAUUCUGUAA